AUGGAUUAUAAAUCAUCAGAGUUUAGUCUUAGCAAUGAGACAUUGACCAAGGUGAAGGAAGGUAAUGAAGCCUCACUCAAUCAUUCAAAGUGUAUACCAUUCCAAUCAAACAAAGGAUUCCUCUUGGAAGGUAUAUUCACCAAGAUUGAAUGUGAAGCAAUGUUGAACAACAUCAAAGAGAUCCAAGCAGAGAAGACCCGUGGAUAUGACAAAGAUCAUGGAAUGCGUACUGUUAAUGUAUCCAAAGAACUGGCAGAGAUACUACAAUCAAGGGUGGAAUCAUACUUGCCAAAGAUAAUAAGGAGACCACCAGCAGCAAUCAUUAAUGAUCAAACUGAUGACAUUGAUUGGCAUUACAAGUGUGUCUCCGACAAGUUCAAACUGAUCAGUUACGAGGUGGGACAGAACUUCCCGCCACACUUUGAUGGCGGACGCAAUGUUGACAACCAACACAUGUCAUUGCUAUCGGUGCUCGUCUAUCUCAAUGAUGGUGGCGCACAAUCAUACACUGGCGGUGACUUCCGCUUCCUCAAGAAGAAUGGUCCGGAACAAUACUCUGUCCUGGAGAGUGUCGUGCCCUAUGCCGGUCAUGUCAUUGUGUUCCCUCAUGGUACACUCCAUGACAGCACGGCCAUCACCAAUGGUGUCAAGUAUGUGAUCCGAACAGAUAUAAUGUAUGGCGUCUAA